UGUUAAUUCUAUUCAUUUAUUUUGGCAGAAGUAUUUUAAAGUAAAUUAGACAAAUCAUGACAUUUCAUACCCAAUACUUUAACAUGCAUCUCUAAAAACCAAUUUCUUACAAAGCCACAUAAUUUUAUUACGCCUAAUAAGGAGACGUAGCAGGGUAGUGUGGAGGGGAAAUCGUGGCGAUGGGUUAGGUAUACACUUAGAAUGAAGUGCAGACUCCACACGGAGGCUCUUCCGAGGCCCAACCGGACCUGACCUGGGCCCUGUUUGCUUCUCUGUCUCCACCUGCCAGCAUUACCCGCAGCUACACUCCAGCCACACAGGACUUCUUUGAGUUCUUUCAGUGAUCAAUCUCUUUCUCCCGUCAGGGCCUUUGCACUGGCGGUUCCUUCCGCCGGACAUGUCGGGUUUCCUCGUUUUUCCGGGCUGGCGCCUUCUGAUUUCAGAGACUCUCCGCAGCAGAACCAUCUCAAGUGGGUCUACCUCUUCGCCUUUUUUUGUUGUUGUUGCUUGGCUGCACUUCUGACCGGGCAGGCAGUGAUGAUGUUUGUUUAUGAGUUAGGUCUGACUGUUCGUUGGUGCUUAGGAUCCCCACCGGGUCCCUAGGGCCUGUGCGUACCGCGCACCUGUGCACGUCUUGCGCGCAGCUGCAGGCGACUCCGCUCUGGCUCGUCGCUGCUAUUUCCUGCUGGGGGUGCAGACCCUGUCCCAGGCUAGCUGGGUGACUUCCCCCAACCGCAGAGACAGCGGCGACCCGGGGCCUCAGACCUGCCCCCGCAUCCCGCCGGCGCCAGGCAGUGGGAAGUCAGGUUCUUCCGCCACCUCCCAGCCAGGAUUUGGAGCCUCACGUUCUCCCUCAAAACGAGCCCUGUGGGUGCCAGGCCAGGGGCGGCGCCCAGGUGUGGAGGGGGCAAGGUACGGGCGUCUGCCGUCGCUAAGUGCCCCCUUCCACUUAAGGCACACCUUCGCCUCCGAUUCCGAACAGCCCGCGGACAGAGGCAAGUGGCAAAGCGGGGAGAGCGAAGGACUCUUGUCACCCUCCCUCAGGAUGCCUGAGGGCCCUGAGCUGCACCUGGCCAGCCAGUUUGUGAACGAGGCCUGCAGGGCGCUGGUGUUCGGCGGCUGCGUGGAGAAGUCCUCUGUCAGCCGCAACCCUGAGGUGCCCUUUGAGAGCAGUGCCUACCGCAUCUCAGCUUCAGCCCGCGGCAAGGAGCUGCGCCUGAUACUGAGCCCUCUGCCUGGGGCCCAGCCCCCCCAGGAGCCGCUGGCCCUGGUCUUCCGCUUCGGCAUGUCCGGCUCUUUUCAGCUGGUACCUCGCGAGGAGCUGCCACGCCAUGCCCACCUGCGCUUUUACACGGCCCCGCCUGGCCUCCGGCUCGCCCUGUGUUUCGUGGACAUCCGCCGGUUCGGCCGCUGGGACCUUGGGGGAAAGUGGCAGCCGGGCCGCGGGCCCUGUGUCUUGCAGGAGUACCAGCAGUUCAGGGAGAAUGUGCUACGAAACCUAGCGGACAAGGCCUUUGACCGGCCCAUCUGCGAGGCCCUCCUGGACCAGAGGUUCUUCAAUGGCAUUGGCAACUAUCUGCGGGCAGAGAUCCUGUACCGGCUGAAGAUCCCCCCCUUUGAGAAGGCCCGCUCGGUCCUGGAGGCCCUGCAGCAGCGCAGGCCGAGCCCGGAGCUGACCCUGAGCCAGAAGAUCAGGACCAAGCUGCAGAAUCCAGACUUGCUGGAGCUAUGUCACUCAGUGCCCAAGGAAGUGGUCCAGUUGGGGGGCAAAGGCUACGGGUCAGAGAGUGGGGAGGAGGACUUUGCCGCCUUUCGAGCCUGGCUGCGCUGCUAUGGCAUGCCAGGCAUGAGCUCCCUGCAGGACCGGCAUGGCCGUACCAUCUGGUUCCAGGGGGAUCCUGGACCCUUGGCACCCAAAGGGCGCAAGUCCCACAAAAAGAAAUCCAAGGCCACACAGCCAAGUCCUGAGGACAGAGUGGAGGACCCUUCGCCUCCAAGCAAGGCCCCUUCCAGGACACGAAGGGCAAAGAGAGACCUUUCUAAGAGGACUGCAACCCAGCAGCCUGAGGGGACCAGCCUCCAGCAGGACCCAGAAGCUCCCACAGUGCCCAAGAAGGGGAGGAGGAAGGGGCGACAGGCAGCCUCUGGCCACCGCAGACCCCGGAAGGUCAAGGCUGACACCCCAUCCUUGGAACCAGAGGGGACCUCAGCCUCUUAGCAGGAGGGUCUCCUUGCUUGCACUCACCCUUUCUUAUUGUCUUGCCCUGAAUCUGGGGGUCUGAAUUCUUGGGAGCAGGCAAUACCUGAAGGUGCAAACAGGCCCUACGGCUGUUCCCUGCACAACUCUCAUGGUUUUAAUUGUACCCCAUCUUCCAUAUCUUUAAAGCGCAUGUAAAAAAUGCUGCAUUUUUAAUAAACUGAUAAAUGUGAA